UCUUACGUCAACAAAAAUAGAAAAUCUAGAAAAUUAUAUUCCAAGAAAAUGGACAAUAAUCCGCUAUUUUUUGACGUUAGGUGGCGCUCGCAUAGUGUUGAUUUCUGUGUGUGAGGUGCCUGUCGCCAUUUUUGUAGCGUGUUAAAGAUGGCAAAGCCAAAAGGAGAGAAGAAGGGAAAGUCAGCUUUAAGUGAAGUUGUUACAAGAGAAUAUACAAUUCAUGUUCAUAAAAGACUUCAUGGCAUUGGCUUCAAGAAAAGAGCUCCUCGAGCAAUUAAAGAAAUCAGAAAAUUUGCUGAGAAACAAAUGGGCACACCUGAUGUUCGAAUUGACACAAGAUUGAAUAAAUUUGUUUGGUCAAAAGGUGUAAGAAAUGUUCCAUACCGAGUAAGAGUACGCCUAUCAAGAAAAAGGAAUGAAGAUGAAGACUCUCCUCAUAAGUUGUACACACUUGUUACUCAUGUUCCUGUAGCAAGCUUUAAAGGUAAUAAUGAUUUGCUCUUAUGUUGAUAUACAAUGGGGAAC